UUCCUCCAAAAGCAGCAACACCACUCAUUUCCUUCUCAGUUACUUUUUCUCUUUCUUUUUUUUCUUUUCUUUUCUUUUUCUUUUUACUCUCUUUUAUAAAUGCCCCACCACCUCCUUAGCUCUCACCUCGUCACACCUCUCUCUCUCUCUCUCUCUCUCUCUACAUCACAUAUACACAAUUCAUAGUUUUGCAUCUUUGUUGUUGAACACAUGGAGAAUUCAAAGCAGAGGAGGCAAUUCCCAGCAUUUGGGAGCUGGAAUUUGUGUGAUGAGAUCCCAAUAACCCAAUACUUCGAAUCAGCAGCCAUGUUCUUUGGAUCAGAAGGGGAUGAUCUCUUCAAGGUGGUGGCAGUGACACCCACCAAGAACCAAUUCCACCAUGAAAAAAAGGGAAAUAAAGGAGGGGUCAUGAGAAGAGAAGAGGAAACUAAUAAGCACUAUAAAGAGCAAAAGAAGAAGCCCAAGUGUGUUGAUGAGGACCUCUACAAGAUAUCCCCUGAGCUCCUCUACAAAAUUCCCAAAAAGAAGAGGUUGCUGAGGAAUUUUUGGACAGCAUGUCUUGGUCUCAACUGCAUUGCCUGAGUGAGCUCUGCAUUGUAAUGUGAAGGCAUAACAAAACCCUGAUAUGUUUGAGUGAAUUGUUUGUGCUUCUUGUUUUUUUUUUUUUUUUCUUUAAUGUUUAUCUUGUUUAUUUUGUCUUAGUUAAAAGUGAGUGAUGAGAUGAUAUAGUUUAUGUAAAUUUAGCAAGUAAUAUUUUGAGGAAGUGAAAGAGACAGGCCCUUGCUCUAUCUUUUGUUGUUUUGAAAGCACUGGUGACCUGAAAGCCAUGCUUUUCAGUA